CUACCCUUCUGUUGCGAUAACUUCGACAAUACCACCGUUUACUAAGGCCAGUAGCUAUAGAUGCUCAAUCAUACACGAUAACGAUAAUCGGGCCAAGGAUAAGUACUGUACUAAGUAUAUAAACGUUAGAACAUUGCACCGGCAAAAGUCCCCGAUCUGAACUAGCUCUUUUCGGCAAGUGCAAUGAACGGGGGCCUACCUUAGUUUUAGGACUGCUACCGGUACCAUUUCCAGUAGCGUGCAUGUCAGGUGACUGUGAGUGACAACAGCCGGGAUUCGAACCCCUGACCUUUUGGCCUAGAGACAGGGUCACUAACCAUUAGGCCACACACGCUACCCUUGGUGCCGCCUAUGCACUGAUAAUGUGACAUUAAACCAUCAGAUAGUCCACAUGGUACAAUACCUAACGUUUGUGCAAUACUUCGUGUUUCUAAGGGUUAGCUUAUGUAGGAUAUGGUGGUAGGACUACCCCCAUUGUUUGUGAAUCCGUGCUAUUGUUGUGUCAUGCAUAAUUCAUGAGACGGACCCCAGACCAGGUAGAUCACCUCAUUAAUAUUUCACACACGUCACAACCUGUUCGGUGAGUCGGUGGCUUGGGUUCCGUAAACAAGAUGGCCGAUCUGCAGGAGAAUUAUGUGGAGUACUACCAGGGAAAGUCGUCGCAGUGCGGGCUGUGCCUGCAGCUGGCGGAGCGUCCCCGGGCGCUGCCGUGCCUGCACGCGUUCUGCGAGGGGUGUCUGCGGGAGUACGCGCACGGGAAGAAGCGGCUGAAGUGUCCGGUCUGCCGGGAGAGGGUCAAGUUACCGUCCGAGGGCGUGUCUGCACUUCCCGAUAACAAUGGCGUCAGGUCGCACACCAAGAAACUCUCCGACUACGCACAGAUCACCCCGUCCGAGGACACCGUCCGGGGGGAGGUGCAGAAGUGCGUCCACCACCCCUGGGAGGACCUGAGACUCGUGUGCCAGCACUGCCACGUGCCGGUGUGCCUCCAGUGUUUGGAUGAGAUGCACGAGGGACACAGCGCCGUGUCUUUCAAAAGGGUGUCCCGGCGCAGGAAGAUCACCGUCCGUAAGCUGGUGACGGAAGGUAAGCGCACCUUAGACUCCUACUACACAACCCUGCAGAGUCUUCAAGACAUGCAGAACACGCUGGACCAGGGUAAGAAACACGCCGAAGAAGACGUCCACGCAAGGUACGACGAUGUCUUAAGGGGUUUGGCGGAAGAGAGGGCAACGCUACUGUUUGACAUAGAGGACAAUCACAUGCGUAACUCAACAGCUAUAGAAGCUCAGAGGAAGAGUUUAGCGUCUCGUGUGGGUGACUUGAACGACGCAAUUAACAGCGCAGAAAAGGGUAUGGAGCGGGGAGUCAGGGAAUCUGACGUUCUUCUGCAAGUUUUGGACAAAUGUAAAGAAUCCCCUCCCCUUACUGACCCCCCUGUACAAGCACAACUUCCUGUCUUCAUGCCAGAAGAGAGCCAUUCUCGUGUUCUGGGUCACUUAGUCUGGGAGCCUCUUACUGCAAACAAGGACGCGGAAGACUCCGAGAAAGACCACCUGCCUCCAAACAAUGCCACCUUGCUAGAGACUAAUAUUGACCAAGGGGACAGGAAAACACCAGAGCCGCAUUAUCCGGCGAAGGGUCACGUUCAGAAACCAGAGUAUGUCAAUGUACCAUCCGAUCUUAUCGAAAGACCGAGUACAAGAUCACCAAGUGCUGCUGAUAGCGACAAGAGGGUAGACUACCCCUCCCCUCUAGCUAGCCCAAACCUUGGUCGUGCCAACUAUAACGUCAAUGGCCUCGGGGCAAGCAAGUCAUCAACCAGCCCGGCGACGAAGGUAAGCCGUCGCGCCGGGUUGACGGAGAAUACACGGGUACGUGAACCUAUUGUGGGUUCAAUACAGGAGCUGAGAGAGUUCAGGAGAGGGCAGGACCACGGCCCAGCAUCCAGGCAAAGUCCCUUCUCCACGGACCAUCCUCGCAGUCCUAUAGGCAAUGGCGCCAUCACACAUAACGACCAGACACGCGACAACACCGUUAGCCUGGGGCAGGGGAGUCCAGGGACACCGGCGGGCACGCAAGCGGUACAGCAGACGCCACGGCCCGCGGACAUGCGUCUGUCUCCCCCUGAACACAGCCCGAGACUGUCAAGCGGUAGCGACAUCCCUGACGACGGGUUCUACCAUCACAACAAGCCCGAACACGGUAACUAUCCUAACAGGAGACACAGGGUGUCCAGCGACAGUGAUAAUGUUGAUCAUCACGCUGUGAUAGGAAGACCUGUAAGCGCCACACAGGCACAGCAGAGCAGGACAACACCGACGCACAGAGAAACGUCGUCAGAGGACGGCACACAUGUGGAGUUCAGUUCCGGGUUCUACCGAGUCGUACGGGGGAAAAAGAAACGCCCCAAGUCAUCAAGUGGCAGCGGAAAUGACGUGAAAUAUGACCAACAGGAAACUUCGACUCAUCGGCAAGAGACAAGCAAUCAAUUCUUAGAUGACAGAAAUGCUAAUCGCACCGUUACACCGCGUCUUGAGGACCAAGUGAUGCGAAGAACACCAACCCCCUCCAGGCAACACAGCAACAGGGAACGCAGCCACGGUGGCCCCCUGCUCGAUGACGCCCCCUCGCGGAGUAUUGAUGAACUGCAGCUGGAUCCCAGGGUGAUGCAGCAACAGGACGAGAUGAACCACGCCUGGCCCGAGGUGGUACCGAAACACAUCGAAGACGAGGUGAUGAAAGAAAUCGCCCGCAUGUCACACUCUAGCAGAGACUCGUCCGACAAUUCCGAACCCAGACGGAGAAAACAAGUCGUAGAGGCACAGAUUGAACAAGACGGUACGAAAUUGGCUCACAGCAGGGACAAUGAACAAGUUACCGAUGUACAGGACCAGCCUUCGUACAAGAGAACAGCCGGAACAACCAAUGCUGACGUUGGACCACACGGGGACAUAGACGUCAGCCCUACCGGUGUACCAAACGUGAAGACUGGGGAUAUGACGCAGCACGAUUAUGCCAAACCUGUCACAGAAAAAGACCAGCAGAUACACGUAGGGAGUCCUAAAGUCUCACGACCACAGUACCAGGAGAAGGGACGCUCCUCUACAUACAGUGACGAGCUCCCGCCAUCGCCUGUAAGCCCGGAUUCGGACGUGUUCACCCCGAAAUACGCCGAAGACAACACCGCGAACUCAGCCGAUCUCCUUAAUCUGGAGAACAAGAAAACGAAACACAGUCCUUCAGACGAUGGUGGCCAGAUUUCCAACGUUAGAGAGAUCCCGAGACAAGUGGGCCCGAACAAACGUGGGUUGUCGUUCGGCGGGGAGGGUUCCGCGGUCGGCAAGUUCAGCGGGCCGAGUGGCGUGUUCGUCAUAGCGGAUGAGAUCUACGUGGCAGACCAGGACAACAACAGGGUCCAGGCGUUCAGCAUGCGCGGCGAAUGUCUCGGGGAGCUACCAACAGUCGUAACAACAUCCCCACAGAGUCCCACGAAAGGGAAACCAGUACCGAUGGAGCCGCAUGACGUCGCUGUGGACACAAACGACAACAUCUGGGUCGUAGGAUCAGACGGCGCGACGUCAGAUUUCAUCCUACGGUACGACAUGGAAGGCCGCCCGUUGACGAAGAUAGACAUGCCCUUCACCGGGUACUGGCGGGGAGUCGCCGUCCACCCGGGCCGGAAGUUCAUCGUGGUGUCCGAGCCGUUCGGCGGAGAGGUGAAGCUGUUCGCCCCGCCGCGAGGCGCCCUGAUCCGGACUCUCGGCGGAGAGAGCGGACUGAAGGCGCCGUGGUACGUCGCCGUGGACACCGACGGGAAAAUCUACGUCUCCGAUUGGUCGGGACACUACAUCUACGUGUUCCAGGAGAGCGGGAAGAUGCUGAUGAGGUUCGGAGGGGAGGGGAGCGACGAGGGACAGCUGCAGUGUCCGUGCGGCGUGUGUGUGGACAGCGCCGGGAACAUCAUCGUGGCCGACAGUCUGAAUCAGCGGGUGGAGAUGUUUGACAAGGCGGGGACGUUUGUCAAACACAUCGCGACGGAGCUACAAGGACCGCAGGCCGUGGCGAUAGCAGCAGACGGCACGAUCGUAGUGACUGAAACAGACACGAACUCUGUUAGCAUAUAUCACUACUGAUUUUGAA